CUUUGUGGUCUAUUGCAUCUGCUUCAAGUCUGCCUCGCAAGCCGCUGAGAUCGAGCGAGCUUGACUCGACACGUCGUAAGAUGCCGUUCUUGACGGUGAACGUAUGUCGCCGCCUGCGAGCUGCCAGAUCGAUCGCAGGUCGUCUGAGGAGGGUGAGUCGAGCGACGCAAGUCAAGCAUAGCAGCAUCGAUGAGCAUUUGUUGCCGCCGCUGUGCUCGCAAAGGCUGUGGCAAGUCGCGAACGCGCUAAACGAAAGGCUGCUUGCUAUUGACAUCUCAGCUCAGCCGCCGAUCGCACAAUCAGCCGGAUGGGCUCAAGGUGAUGUUCGAGGAAGAUGCGCACAUCAGUGUAGCCGUCGGCGUCAUCGUCGGCCUGCUCGCAUCCUUUGUCCAAUCGCUAGGCCUGACGAUCCAGCGCAAGUCUCACCUGCAGAAUGAAGCGGCUGCACUCGAAGCGAGGAAGAAGGACUGGCGAAGGCCCCUAUGGAUCACAGGCUUCACCAUCUUCUUCACCUCUAAUAUCUUGGGCUCGAUCUUCCAGCUCGGUGCACUGCCUAUCGUCGUGCUAGCGCCUCUGGGUGCAAUCUCGCUUCUGAGCAAUGCCGUGUUCUCAAGGAUCCUGCUCGGCGAUCACUUCUCACGCUUCCUGGUCGUCGGCACCAUACUCAUCGCAGGCGGAGCCGCCCUCAUCGCCGUCUUUGGUAUCUUACCGGAACCCUCUCAUACGCUAGACGAGCUCGUCAGGCUCUACGCCCGUCCUGCAUUUCUCAUCUGGAUUGGUCUGCUCGGCUUGUCCGUCAUCAUCCUUGCGCUCUUCAGCCAUUGGAUGGAAUACCGGCUCGAGCGGGAGCUGCUAAAGACAUAUAUAUUACAAGGCACGCACGCAUGCAAGAGCCCGCAUGGCUCACCGACGCGAUUACGAUUCAGCCAUGGUCACUCUCAUUCCCAUACGCGUCCACGCCGUUGGUCUGCACCUGUCCUCUCACAAGCGAUCCCGCGCAACGCUCUUCACUUUGAUCCCAUUCCUGCGCCUGCGCCUCGCAAGAAAGAAGAUGCCACCUCGAUCGACACGACAGAGCAGGGUACUUCUGAUAGCGCGACCGUGACGGCCGGAUCGGCUGUGAUGGAUACCUCGUCGAGCGUAGAGAAGCAAGAGCCGGCCGGAAUGGUCUGGCUCGCACGGAGACGACUGCUCGUCGGCUGCGCAUACGGCAGCGUAUCAGGCACGCUGUCUGGAUUCUGUCUCCUCUUUGCAAAGACGGGCGUCGAUCUGCUCUUUCUCACCGUGCUCGGGCAGAAUCAGUUCACCAAGGGCGCAACCUGGCUUAUCGUCCUUGCACUCCUUUUCACUGCACUUUGCCAACUCGCCUAUCUCAAUAAGUCUCUCAGACUCGUCUCACCCACACUCGUCAUGCCGCUCUCCUUCUGUUUCUUCAACGUCUCGUCCAUACUCAAUGGGCUCAUCUACUACGAUCAGUGGAACCAAAUGACAAUCUUGCAGCUCUUGCUUGUCUUACUUGGCGUCAUCGUCUUACUCACCGGCGUCUGGAUCGUCUCGCUCAAGAGUGGUCAGAGCGAUCCGGCUCGACCUGAAGAACAGCCUCUCUUGCCAAACGAUACGACACAGGAUAACGAGGUUUCGGAUGCUGGCUGGUCAUACGAUGAGCAAUCGGAUGACAGUACCAAGGAAGGCCUCGCGAGACGCAUAGCUCAGUUCUAUGAUUCAUUGAUGAACGACGAGGCUCCCGUUCGAGGUUUGUCGAUCGGCAUUGGUGCUUCCUCCCCAGGUUUCGCCCUUCGACCACAAGAACGACGGCGGCACCUGCGUAGUGCCUCGCUGUCAUCGUCUAUGCGCGCUUCGCAAUCUCACGAAUCUGCAUUGACAGACGACAAUCUAGCAAUCUCGAUCGAUUCGCUCGACGAAGGACCGGAUGCGAGCGAUCUCAACAUACGCAGGCGACAUACAGUAGCCGAUCCGCCCGUCUGGCGACCGACGCGCAGGCGGCAUGCUCGUCGCUCCCUCUUUGGACCCUUUGUCGGCGCGCCUGACUUGAAGGAGGAGACGAGUCUUCAUAUGACCGACGAUGAGGUCGCAGGCGAUGAUGAUGAUCCGGAUCGGUCGAGCAGAAGACGAGUCAGAUGGUCUGCUACUCUCGGUGACCUUGUGCUUGGGCAGCCCAGAUCACCGCCGCCGCAGCCGCCGCCGCCGCCGGUGUAGCCUUAAAUUUGUUGUACGCGUCGCGACUGCCUACGAUGAC